ACCUCAGCUGGGAGAGGGGCUGAGUGACUCACUCCCCCUGCACAGCAUAAAUAGGAGCUGGCAGCUCUGCACUGCACAGAGCAGCAGGGCAGCCCGGCACUCAGAGCCAGCCAGCCAGCAAGGGAACUUCAGCCCACUGCCUCACCAUGGGGCUCACUCUCCUGGCCCCGCUAGCCAUGGGGCUCCUGGCCCUGAGCUGCUGGGCUGCACCACUCCACUCCAAGCCCCAGGCUGUGAUCUCUUUCCCCGGGGAGCUGGUCAGUAAUGUGACGGAUCUACAGCUUGCAGAACGCUACCUGCUGCGCUUCGGCUAUGUGGAGGCAGAGGGGCAGACCCGCAGCAGGCAGAUGUCCCUGGGCAAGGCGCUCAGGAGGAUGCAGAAGCAGCUGGGGCUGGAGGAGACAGGGGAGCUGGAUGCCAACACGUUGGAUGCCAUGCGGGCACCUCGAUGCGGUGUCCCCGAUGUGGGCAGCUUCCUCACCUUCGAAGGAGACCUCAAGUGGGAUCACAAUGACCUCACUUACCGGGUACUAAACUACUCCCCAGACCUGGACGCCUCUGUGAUAGACGAUGCCUUUGCGCGAGCCUUCAAGGUGUGGAGUGACGUGACCCCGCUCACCUUCACCCGGCUGCAGAGCGGCGAGGCUGACAUCAUGAUCCAGUUUGGCGUCCAGGAGCACGGUGACGGGUAUCCGUUUGACGGGAAGGACGGACUUCUGGCCCACGCUUUCCCCCCUGGCAAAGGGGUUCAGGGAGAUGCCCACUUUGACGAUGACGAGUUCUGGACGCUGGGAACAGGGAUAGUGGUAAAAACCAGCUACGGGAACGCCAACGGGGCCGCCUGCCACUUCCCCUUCACCUUCGAAGGACAGUCCUACUCCACCUGCACCUCGGAGGGGCGCUCCGACGGGCUGCCCUGGUGCGCCACCACCCCCGACUACGACAGGGACAAGGUCUAUGGCUUCUGCCCCAGCGAGCUUCUCUACACCUACGACGGCAACAGCGACGGGGCCAAGUGCGUCUUCCCCUUCGUCUUCGAGGGGAAGUCCUAUGAUGCCUGCACCACCGCUGGGCGCUCUGACGGCUACCGCUGGUGCGCCACCACCGCCAGCUUCGACCAGGACAAGAAAUACGGGUUCUGCCCCAACAGAGACACGGCUGUGAUUGGCGGGAACUCCCAGGGCGAGCCGUGCGUGUUCCCGUUCACCUUCCUGGGCCAGGCCUACAGAGCGUGCACCAGCGAGGGGCGGCAGGACGGGAAGCUCUGGUGUUCCACCACCAGUAACUACGACACCGACUACAAAUGGGGCUUCUGUCCCGACCACGGUUACAGCCUCUUCCUGGUUGCUGCCCAUGAGUUUGGCCAUUCUCUGGGCCUGGACCACUCGAGUGUCCGCGAGGCCUUGAUGUACCCCAUGUACAGCUACAUCAAGGACUUCCACCUGCACCCAGACGAUGUCAGCGGCAUCCAAUUCCUCUACGGCCGUGGCUCUGGUCCCAAGCCCCCAGCACCAACGACGCAGGCGCCAGACAUCCCUGACCAGGCAACCACACAAGCCGAGGAUACCACAACCACGGCCGAGCCUGACGACUCCCCCUUGCCAACUGAGCCCAGCCCUGUGGACCCCAGCAAUGAUGCCUGCAAAGUGAAUUCCUUCGACGCCAUCACCAAGAUCAAUGGGGAGCUGCAUUUCUUCAAGAGCGGGAAUUACUGGAAAAGCUCCAUGUCCCGGAAGAGGGCGAUUCAGGGCCCAUUCCGGAUCAAGGCCACGUGGCCAGCCCUUCCAGCCCCCAUCGACGCUGCCUUCCAGGACGUGCUCACCAAGAAGCUCUUCUUCUUCUCGGGUCGGCGUUUCUGGGUGUACACGGGCAGCAGCGUGGUGGGCCCCCGCGGGAUCGAGAAGCUGGGCAUCGGCAAGGAGGCAGAGCGGAUCUCGGGGGCCCUGCAGCGGGGGCGCGGCAAGGUGCUGCUCUUCAGUGGGGAGAAGUACUGGAGGCUGGACGUGAAAGUCCAGAAGGUGGAUAAGGGCUACCCACGUCUCACUGAUGACACCUUUGCCGGCGUGCCCCUCAAUGCCCACAAUGUCUUCCUCUACGAAGGAAAGUACCACUUCUGCCAGGACCGUUUCUACUGGCGAAUGACCCCACGCUACCAGGUGGAGCAAGUGGGCUACGUGAAAUAUGACAUCCUGAACUGCCCAGAGUAGUAGGGCCCAGGCAGCUUCACCUGCACCAGAGCCAACCAGCGCCUCUCCCCACCAGCGGCUUGUACAUCCCUGCACCAGAGCCGGCCCGGCGCAGGCCAGCGCCUCUCCCCACCAGCGGCUUGUACAUUCCUGCAGACUCUUGGUUUUUGUUGUUUCGUUCCGUGCGGCAGCCCCAGGCUGGCAGGGGAGGUGGAAGAGUUGGCACAUGGAAUCUCUGCCCAGGGCCUGCCUUCCAGCCCCAGGUGGAUCCAGGGAGGGACAGGCCCUGCUUUCUAGAGACUCUGGGCAGCAGCUCCAACGAAACAAAAUCACACCCAGCUGGGACGGUCCAAAUGAGAUCUAGAGGCGACAGCCUCUGGGAGCUGUAAUAUUCUGAUUCCUCAGCGUCAGCUGAAUCUGGGUGGGGUGGGGUGGGGAACAGGACGUGUUAGCUAAAGGCUCUCGUCCCUGGCCCGGGUCUCUGCAGGUGGCAGCCCCCCGCCUGCAUGUGCUGCAUAGAUUGGUUUGCCUGGUGCAAACUGCUUAGAGAUUUGUAAGCGACUUUGUCUUUUUCAGAAGUUGAUAAGUCUGUGUCUGUCUGUCUGGGUUUGCUCAGGAGCUGGUACCCAUGCACUGGGGGCCUGGCAGGUGCCAUUGGCCUCAGUGGGCACAGGGAGUGCUGGGCGUGGCCCUCGCUCUCUCUCCUGCUGCCAUUUUUGUACCUUGCACAUUUUUAAUAAAGAGAAUCCUGGAGAAAAACA